GUUGUGGUCACAACAGUGACAACAUGCGAGGAGACCGAGAGACAAAUACAAGUUAACUAUCCCGGUUAUUCAGAGAUUCGUCUGGGUUACAUACACAUCAACAAAAUGACUGAAAAGGAAUUCAAAUUAGAUCCAGACAGUGAACUUCGGUUUGAGGUCGAAGGCAAGAAGGAGACAGUGGACUUAAAGCUAACCAGUGGCAAAGCGGAAGUGUUUGGGACAGAGCUGGCACCAGACAAGCCAUAUACCUUCUUCUCUGGAGCUAAGGUGGCAGUGUACACUUGGCAUGGCUGUACUCUCAAGGUCACAGGAAAUACAGAAGGCACCUACAUUGCAAAAGAGACACCAAUGAUUAUGUAUCUAAACACACAUGCAUGCUUAGAGCGAUUACGAAAGCAUGCUGACGAAGGAUUAAAUCAUGAAGAAGAAACAAGAGGACCAGUUACAAUGAUUGUGGGACCGGGAGAUGUAGGCAAGUCAACGCUGUGUCGCAUUCUUUUGAACUAUGCUGUACGUAUGGGGCGUAGACCAGUCUUUGUGGAUCUAGAUGUUGGUCAAGGAUCUAUUGCCAUCCCAGGAACUAUAGGGUCAUUAUUGGUUGAGCGGGCUGCCUCUGUUGGUGAGGGUUUCUCUCAGGAGGCACCCUUAGUCUAUAACUUUGGCCACUUGGCACCAUCAUCCAACCCAACACUCUACAACAUUCUGGUGUCUCGAAUGGCAGCUACAGUACAGGACAAGAUGGUUGCUAAUCGGAAAGUGGCAGCAUCUGGAGUGGUCAUCAACACAUGUGGUUGGGUCAAAGAUGAAGGUUACAAGAGCUUGACCCAUGUUGCUCAAGCAUUUGAAGUUGAUGUUAUUAUUGUACUGGACCAGGAGAGAUUGUACAAUGAACUGGUGCGAGAUAUUCCUUUCAUCAAGAUUGUUUUUCUGCCAAAAAGUGGAGGGGUUGUUGAGAGAACCCAGCCCAUGAGAUCCUCAGCCCGAGAUGAUCGCAUUCGUGAGUAUUAUUAUGGACUUCACACCAAGUAUCACCCACACAGUUUUGAGGUCAAGAUGAGCCACCUUCAAAUAUACAAAAUCGGUGCUCCAGCUCUUCCAGAUUCCUGUAUGCCAGCAGACAUGAAAGUAGAUGACCACAUGACAAAGCUGGUGCCAGUAGAACCAAGUGUAAAGUUGAAACACCAUAUGCUAGCUGUGAGUCUGGCUACUGAACCUGAAGAUCUUUUGACAUCCAAUGUUGCUGGAUUUAUUUGUGUAUUAGAUGUUGAUGAUGAGAACAAGAUGGUGAAGGUGUUAUCUCCCCAGCCAAAACCCUUGCCUAAGACGAUAUUCAUUUUAACUGAAAUUCAAUUUAUGGAUUCAAAUUAGAGUCUACUUUAUGGGAACUAUUACCAAUGUGUGUAAAUUAAGUCCAAAGAAAUAGAAAUUCACCAUAUCUUCGACAAAGUCAUUCCAAAGGUUCAGUAGUCCUGUUAUGAUAGAUAACCUUCAUGCCUAAUUUAAAAUAAUUAUGAAAGGGAAACAUGUUUAUGCCAUUUUCUUUGAAUGGAGCAGUAUCUUAUCAUUAAAAAAUGGUUCUUUUAGUUUAUGAUGUAAACAUGAGCCUGUCUUUGUCUCCAACAUCUUAUCCUGUCAGAAUUCCUUUUAUGGGUUGGCCAUAACAACAAAUCCUUCCACUUAACAUGCACCUUCCUUCCAAGCCUUUUCCAUUUCUUUCACUCUUAUGGAACCUUUCCCUCAGAAUGACCAGCUCUAUAUACAUUUUAAAACCUGCCAAACACUGGAAUCAAUCUUAGGUAUUGUUUUUGAUGAAUCUAUAGCAUCAUUCUAGCCUCCUCCCAAGUCUUUUUUUUUUAGUUACAGUAUUUACUUUAUUUCUUUUAUUUUUACCUCCUAAUCACUCCUCUGAAAUACAUUGUAUGGUUUGGAGACUUACUUCUUUUGUGGAAGGUUCAAAAUUUUUGCAGAAGUCUAUGAUUAAUAGGUUUAAUAUGGCUAAUAUUUUAUUUAAUACAUUUUAUGUAGAUAAAUGUUUAUCAUUAACCCUUAAAACUGCAGUCACUGAAUUGACUUCACAAAGUCCCAGAUGUAGUAAAGUCAAGAUUUUUUUCUAACGAUAUUUUUCUUACAAUAAGAUGGAAAAAUAAAUAUUUAAUAAAAUUUUGAAAAGAUUAA